UUGUGUUUCCUCCCCUCCCUGUGAUGUUUCUUCAGUUUUCUGUUUUGUUUCCUGACUCAGAAGACCACCUGAGUCUAUAGGCUGAAGUAUGGCUCCAGAAAAGGAAAAUAAUGGACUUGACAACUAUGCAUUUGCACUUGAAGGACGUUUCUGUGAUCUACCUGAGACUCAACAUGGAGAAGAACUGGAGAGCUCCAUUGAAGAAGACAACAACAAGCUAGCCUACUGUGUCACAGAUGUGCCUCCAUGGUACCUGUGCAUCGUUUUAGGCAUUCAGCACUGCUUGACUGCAUUUGGAGGCAUCAUCGCCAUCCCUCUGAUCCUGUCUCAGGGGUUGUGUCUUCAGCAUGACGGUCUUACACAAAGCCACCUCAUCAGUACCAUCUUUUUCGUCUCUGGUAUUUGCACUUUGCUGCAAGUUACAUUCGGCAUUCGACUACCGAUACUUCAAGGUGGUACGUUUACAUUGCUAGCCCCCUCAAUGGCAAUGCUGUCCAUGCCAGAGUGGACGUGUCCGGCUUGGACUCAAAAUUCCAGCCUCGUCAACACCUCGUCUGCAGAGUUCACCGAGGUGUGGCAGAGUCGAAUGAGAGCGCUUCAGGGAUCCAUUAUGGUGGGGUCACUUUUCCAGGUAUUCGUCGGUUUCUCCGGCCUCAUCGGACUCUUCAUGCGCUUCAUUGGACCUCUCACCAUUGCUCCCACCAUUUCUCUUAUUGGAUUGUCUCUGUUUGACUCAGCGGGCACCAGCGCUGGCAAUCACUGGGGCAUCUCUGCAAUGACUACAGUCCUGAUCAUCCUCUUUUCACAAUACCUUCGACACAUAGCGGUGCCGUUUCCUACAUAUAGCAAGGAUAAAAAGCUCCACACCACCCGGGUCUACAUCUUUCAGAUUCUUCCUGUCUUGCUUGGAAUCACUUUGUCUUGGCUCAUCUGCUAUAUUUUGACAACGUAUAACGUACUUCCCUCUGACCCUGACCAGUAUGGUUACCUCGCCCGUACUGAUUUGAAGGGAGACGUUAUGGGCCGAGCUCCUUGGCUCAGUUUUCCAUACCCAGGUCAGUGGGGCCUUCCAACUGUGAGCCUGGCAGGUGUGGUGGGCAUCUUAGCUGGUGUGAUUUCGUCCAUGAUCGAGUCUGUUGGGGACUAUCACGCCUGUGCCAGACUCUCUGGUGCUCCCCCUCCCCCUAAACAUGCCAUCAACAGGGGUAUCGGCAUUGAGGGGCUGGGUUGUCUGCUGGCUGGGGCCUGGGGGACAGGAAAUGGCACCACCUCAUACAGCGAAAACGUUGGAGCCCUUGGUAUCACAAAGGUUGGAAGUCGCAUGGUGAUAGUGGCCAGUGGAGUCCUGAUGGUUCUCAUGGGUGUGUUUGGUAAAGUCAGUGCUGUAUUCACUACAAUCCCAUCACCUGUAAUAGGAGGGAUGUUCAUGGUUAUGUUUGGGGUCAUUUCUGCAGCAGGAGUUUCAAAUCUGCAGUAUGCAGACAUGAAUUCAUCCCGAAAUAUCUUCAUUUUCGGUUUCUCCAUGUUCGUCGGUCUUGUUAUCCCCAACUGGAUACUGAAAAAUCCUAAAACUAUAGCUACAGGUGUGGUGGAAAUCGACCAGAUGCUGCAGGUGCUUCUAACCACCAGCAUGUUUGUGGGAGGGUUUUUUGGCUUCAUACUUGACAACACCAUUCCAGGCUCCAAGCAUGAACGCGGCAUACUGGCGUGGAAUAAGGCUCACGAGGAUGACUCAAGCAAUACACUGGAGAGCGGAGAAGUCUACAACCUUCCCUUUGGUAUCAGUGCUUAUCUUUCAUCUUCCUCCUGGCUGCAGUACAUCCCUUUCUGCCCGUCCGGUGUGUCCAGCUCCCUGGAUGGAAGCGGUGCAGACAUAAACGCCCUGGAGCCGAAGCAUCCUCUGGGACAUCCAGAACCUUCACAGAUCAUUAUUGGAGUCCCUCUGUGAGCCCAGCGCUCACUCCACUCGGCCAUUUUGGGGGAUUUUUUAAAACCAUCACAACAAAGGCAGCUCAGUUUGGACCUUUAGUCCAUUUGAUAAAGACACUGUUAUGUAACAACAUGGUGCAAGUGUUUCACACUGCCUUUUGGAACGACGCUCACAAACAGCAUUUUGGAUAGAGUAGUAAAAGCAAUACCUAUAUAAGAUGGGUUUUUUUGAAAAUGAUUACAAAAAGCUGGCAAAAAACAGGAUAAUCUUGAAUACAUUUUCUGUACAGUAAUUUGUAUUUAGAGUAAAACAAAAAGCAUAAUGGAG